AUGACUUCGGGUGUUUCGCCUAAAAAGAUUGAUGAGAGUUGGGUAGAGAGCAAGUUGAGAUCAGCCAAUGACAGCACAGAAUGUGUGCAGACGUUAUCGCUCUGGGCCCUCAAUCACAAGAGCGAGCACGAGCAGAUCGUCAACAUCUGGCUCAAGGUCUUCAAGUCAGCUGAUGAAAGUCAAAUGGUGGUGCUGAUAUAUUUAUGCAACGACAUCCUACAAACAUGCAAAAGAAGGAAUGCCGUUAUGUUCAAAGAAAGUUUUAAGAAGGCUCUGGUGGAAGCUGUUCAUUUCAUUAAAGCUGAGAAGGCGAUCAACUCCUUUAAGAAAAUUCUAAAAGUUUGGUCAGAGAGAAAUGUUUUUGACGAGAAGUAUGUUGAGGAAUUAAAUUCAUUAGCGUUUGGUCAGUAA